AUGGACGGGGACGACCUUAUUGCCUCGGUCUACCGCAAGAUCGAGCGGGAAAAGGCUCUCAUCACUGCCGCGUCGAACAUGCGGCAGUCGACCGAUAACCCGCUCGUGCAGCAGAGAGUCGAUGCGAAUAUUCGCGAUGGUCGGAAAAACAUCGCCUACCUCGAAGAGAAGAUGCGAGAGUUGCAGCUCCGACAGAUGAAGCAGGAAGGGGCCUCCCCCACAGACAAACGUCUUCCUCCGAAUCCUGAUGGGUCGGGCCCAGUUCCUCCUCCGAAAGAUCACGCAUCAGGCUAUCCUGGUCACGAGAGGGAGUAUGGGGAUGCUUCGGGUGCUUAUCCGCAUGGAGGGGCAGGGACCAUGCCAUCUGGAGCGCCCUUUGCGGAUCCUCGUCCCUUUGCUCCCGUUCCCAAGGCCCGGCCGAAUUACACUAAACUUGAUCUGAUUAAGUACGACACUCCUUAUCUUGGACCGAAGAUUCAGCUCAUGUUAUCUCAACUGGAAUUUAAAUUGAGUGUUGAGAAGCAAUACAAGGCCGGUAUCGAGAAGAUGGUCCGUCUAUAUCAAGAUGAGGGCGAUAGAAAAAGCCGACAGGACGCCGAGGGGAGGCGAAUUGAGAGUAAUCAGAAGAUUCAGCUGCUCAAGCAGGCUCUUAAACGAUACGAGGACCUUCAUGUGGAUAUUGAAUCCGCCGAAGCACCUGACGACGAAAGUUUGAGCACACCAAACAUGCGCAAGCCGUUGACAGGUCUAUUAACAUUGCGUAUUCAUGCUGUAAAGGAUGUCGAUCAUGCUGCCAGCUCAAGGUUCUCCAGAGGUCCCGAGACUUUUGUCGUUGUCAAAGUAGAAGAUGCCAUCAAAGCGAGAACGAAAGCUACCAGAACCGACAAAUGGCAAGAUGAGGCGUUUAGCAUUGAAAUUGACAAAGCCAAUGAAAUUGAACUUACCGUAUACGACAAGUCGGGCGAUCGGCCCACCCCUAUUGGCAUGCUCUGGGUCCGCAUAUCUGACAUCGCCGAAGAAAUGCGCCGCAAGAAGAUCGAGUCAGAGUUUAACGCAUCGGGCUGGGUCUCCGCAGACAAGAUGGAGCACGGGGGCGCACAUGGCAGGCAGGACGCUGGCGGAGCGCCGGGCUCGUCCAAUCGACCACCCUCUGGGGGUCACCCUGGCGGUCCAGGUCAAGGAUAUGCUGGUGGUGCUCCCGGCGGCCCUUCCGCAGGCCCGGUCCUGAUCGACAGUUGGUUCGCGUUGGAGCCAGUCGGUCGUAUCCACCUGACGCUGAGCUUCGCCAAGCAAUUGAAGGAUCGCCGCCCCUUCGAUAUCGGUCUCAACCGUCAAGGUGCCGUCCGACAAAAGAAGGAGGAGGUUCACGAGAAGCAGGGUCACAAAUUUGUCACUCAGCAAUUCUACAACAUCAUGCGCUGUGCACUUUGUGGUGAUUUCUUGAAAUAUGCUGCCGGCAUGCAGUGUGCCGACUGUAAAUAUACCUGUCACCGAAAGUGCUAUCCAAAGGUCGUCACCAAGUGUAUCAGCAAGGCCAACUACGAAACGGACCCCGACGAAGAGAAGAUCAACCACCGUAUUCCGCAUCGCUUCGAGGGAUUCUCCAACAUCUCGGCCAAUUGGUGUUGUCACUGCGGAUACCUGCUUCCUUUCGGACGAAAGAGCGCUAAGCGCUGUACAGAAUGUGGUCUUACUUGCCAUGCUCAAUGUACCCAUCUUGUUCCUGACUUCUGUGGCAUGUCGAUGGAAGCAGCCAACCAGAUCUUGGAAACUCUCAUUCGAGCGAAGAACCAUAAUAAAUCAGCCUCUGUCAGUUCCGGUCUGAGUGGACGUACCCUUCGACCAGGCGGUCCGCCCCAGGCCCCUCAAGAUAGUGCUGCUCUCGCCUAUCCGCAAAAGCCAGUUGAGGGUGCCUACGGUGCCCCUCAGAGACAGCCAUCGGCCGAGGCUAUCAGCGCCGCAACCAACACUUAUAUUCCUCCACAGUCACCCACAGCGGCUCAGCGUCAGCACCUGCCUCCGCGAACUUCUUCCUCGCAAAGCCCCGCUGCCGCAGCUGCCGCCGCCGCAGCAGCCACAGGACUGCGUACGCCCCAGCAAGUUUCAGAUCCUAACCGUCCAGUGCAACCACCGCCGUCCUCGCACGCCCACUAUGACCCUGCCGCGUAUGCAUCCUACCAGCAAGCCAUCCCCCCUCAAGCAAUGCAAAAGAUGGGUGCACCCUAUGGCAUGCCUCAACAGCAGCAGCAGCAGCAGCAAGCCGUUGCGCCAAUGCAGCAACAAGUCGCCGUAAAGGAGGAAAUUCCUCCUCAGCAGCCGAAAGUUAGAAUUGGACUGGAUCAUUUCAACUUCCUAGCCGUUCUCGGUAAGGGUAACUUUGGAAAGGUCAUGCUAGCAGAGACAAAAAGCACCAAGAAGCUUUACGCCAUCAAGGUGCUGAAGAAGGAGUUCAUCAUUGAGAAUGAUGAAGUGGAGAGUACUAAAUCCGAAAAGCGUGUCUUCCUGAUCGCCAACAAGGAACGCCAUCCGUUUCUUCUCAACCUUCACGCCUGUUUCCAGACAGAAACUCGUGUGUACUUUGUUAUGGAAUACAUCAGCGGUGGUGAUCUGAUGCUUCAUAUUCAACGCGGUCAGUUUGGGCUGAAAAGAGCACAGUUUUACGCUGCCGAAGUUCUGCUGGCUCUCAAAUACUUCCAUGAAAACGGUGUUAUUUACCGUGACUUGAAGCUGGACAAUAUCCUUCUGACUUUAGAUGGACACAUCAAGAUUGCCGAUUACGGUCUCUGCAAGGAGAAUAUGUGGUAUGGAAGCACAACAAGCACAUUCUGUGGAACUCCCGAGUUCAUGGCACCUGAGAUUCUGCUGGACAAAAAGUAUGGCCGAGCGGUCGAUUGGUGGGCAUUUGGUGUCCUGAUUUAUCAAAUGCUCCUGCAACAGUCGCCUUUCCGUGGUGAAGACGAAGAUGAAAUCUACGAUGCAAUUCUCGCCGAUGAGCCUCUCUAUCCAAUCCACAUGCCUCGGGACUCUGUCUCUAUUCUACAAAAAUUGCUCACCCGUGAACCUGAGCUGAGGUUGGGAUCUGGGCCCACAGACGCUCAAGAAGUCAUGUCCCAUGCCUUCUUCAGGAACAUCAACUGGGACGAUAUCUACCACAAACGUGUUCCUCCACCGUUCCUGCCGACGAUCAGCAGUCCUACGGAUACAAGCAACUUCGAUCAGGAGUUCACGAGUGUGACCCCCGUCCUCACGCCCGUGCAGUCAGUCCUCUCCCAAGCUAUGCAGGAGGAGUUCCGCGGCUUCUCGUACACUGCGGACUUCGCUUAA